UUACCCGCUACAUCAGUGCACGAAAACGCAAAAUGAGCAGCAAAGAAGUGUGUUUACUUCUUGGAGCAACUGGUGUUGGAAAGACUUUAUUACUUAAACGCCUACAGACUGAUCAGUUUGCAUGGUUCGUGUGAAAUGGGUUCGCCUCCAUCCACUCUUCCCACAGUAGGAACCAACCUAACAGACCUGACCCUGAAAAAGAAGAAGGUGACGGUGAGGGAAAUUGGAGGCUGCAUGGGCCCCAUAUGGCCCAGUUACUUCCAGGACUGCUUCUCUGUCAUUUUCGUGGUGGAUUCAGCCAACAUUGUUCAGAUAUCCUCCUCCUGUAUCCAGUUGCUGUCUGUGCUCUCUGCUGAGCCUCUGCGCAAUGCUUCUGUGCUUAUUCUUUUCAACAAGAGGGAUAUGCCUUGCAUCAUGAGCCUUACAGAGAUAAAGUCACUGUUCAGAAUGGAUGACAUCAUCGCAUCGGCUCCUCAGCCUGUCACAGCGCUGGAGGCCAGUGCCCGCUCUGGGCAGGGUCUGCAAGAGGUGUUGAGCUGGCUGGAGUCUGUCGCCGUCAAGUGAAAAUGCAUUGGAUAUUUCUCUCCGAGAACUUGGAGAAGCCUUAUGGACAAUUACAUCAACAUUCCCAGUUCAAAGUAACAGCUUUGCUUUCAGGUGAUUUGAUGCCACAUUUAGACUCUAGAACAAUUAUGGGACAUAUCAAAAGAAAACAAACUGUGGGGGCCCCUUGGUUCCUUGAAUAAUAUACAAGAAAAUCUUGUAGGAAGGAUAAAUUUAGAGGGAGAUGUGUAAAAUUAUUUUUUGGAAGAAUUGAAUGAUUGUAUGAAAAAGUCAUGACAUUUAUUCAGUAACACGACUUUAGGUUUCAUUGCCAAUUAUCUUUUAUACGGGUCACUCCAACUAAUUAAAUUCUGGCCUGAUGAGCAGUGAUUUAACUGCAAGUUAAGAUUAAAUACAAUCUGAUCUAAAUAAGGAUGUGAGUUUGACUUAAACUUUUCCUCUUCAGUUUUAAAAGUUCAUAAAAGAGAGAAGAGCAGUAUAACUUAGCAAUAAAGACAAUGUACUUAAAGGGAGCCUACUACUGGUUCUCUAAGUUAGAAUUAAAAACUAUUGAAAGUCUGUUUUGCAUCUAAUUUUAAUUACCUGCUUUUGUAUAUAAUUAGAAUAUUGUUAUAAAACAUCCCAACUAUCUUUCAAAGAUAUGAGCGAGUAAGGAAAUUAAUAUUCAGAGAAAGACUCAAGAAGAAGUACAAAUGUUUGCUGAAGCAGUGAGAAGUAGGUCACAGUCGCUCCAAGAUACUGUGCUGCUUAGAGAGGAAACCAAAGUACAACUUUUCAUAUUUAUUUAUAGGCAAGAAAAUGAAGCCCACUGUGAAAAGUGCAGAGUUACAUAUAGCUGUGCUUAGACCUAAGAAUGGAUAAUUUCUUAAGUGUUGAUAAAAGAGUGCAAAAAGGGAAAUGUAUCACUAAAAUUAGGUUCUGGUUAAGUUCUUUCAGCAGAACAAUGACCUAAAUCACACAUGAAAUACAAAAAAGGGUUAUUGAGAAAAAAAUGGACUGAUUUAAAACUGGCUGUGGAUUAUUAUUGGGUUAAAUCCAAGGAGACCUCUUAAGGCCACUGAGAUCUGCCUUUACAAUAAGUUUUUCUUACCUGCAAACUUAAGAGCUUGGAUUAAAAACACAAUAUUGUGUGUGGCAAGAAUUAUCAGGUGGAGGAUGGUGCUCAAGUGGCUGUAAAACUAUUAAAAAGCCAUACAGGUGCAGCUCAAUAAAUUGAAUCUCAUUGAAAAGUGGAUUAUUUAGUAGGUCAAUUAAAAAAAACCUCAUAUAGUGCAGAUUUCAAGCAUUUAUUUUUGUAAAUUUCAAUAAUAAUUCCUUAGAGCUAAUGCAAAUCCAACAUAAUAUAACAAUUAAAAAAAUGUUUAAGUGUGGCUCAAUACUUUGGGAUCUUUUUCCUUCCACUCAACUUUCCAACAAUAUACUUGCAUAUAUCACUCUGUGCACAACCAACCUCUUUAGCAAGGAUCUUUUGUGACUUAUCCUCCUGUUGAGGAGUGUCAUUGACUGUCUUUUGGAAAACUUUCAAAUCAGCAGUCUACCUCAUGAUUCUUUUGUAGGCUAUAACAUGGUCAUGACAUAACAUUUCUGUAUUUAAAGUUGUUUUUUAUUUGGGUUUUCAUUAGCUGUAAGUUAUAAGCAUCAAAAUAAACCAGAGAAAUAAGGCUGAAAUACAUAAAUACGUGUUUAAUAAAUCUACAUGUUUCUUUUUUUAUUGUAAUUACUAAAAUAUAUGACCUUUUCAGUGACAUUUUAAUUUACUAAGGCACACCCAUUUCUGUGGCAAACAGUUUUUCACACCAUUAUCAGUGUUGGGGCAGAGCAUAAAUGUUUGUAUAUUUUUUGCCAUUAUAUGUGAUUUUGUAUUUAUUUCCUUCAUUGGUGUCUGGAAUGCUUUAUUUAAUUAAACUGUUGUUACCAAUUCA